AUGACAGUUAAACAAACUCAUGCUUUCAGCGGGUCACGCAUCACUUUCACCACACCCACCUCCUUCGACACAGUGACAGCCAAACUCAACGCCGAAAUAGAGUCGGACGCCGGCUUCAAUCAGGAGGAUGUGACUGCAGCGGUCCGUCGCGGCGGUAAAGAUGCAUUUGUUAAAUUGUGCCUGAGCCGAGUCGGUGCAUUCGGAUUCAUGAAAUUCGCUAGCAUCGAUCAUUCAUGGGUCCAGCUCUUCGGUGUGGCUCGUGGCUUGCGGAUUCGUCGGAUUCUGUUGGGAAAUCCACUUAUUGCGAUUACGAUGCUGAGGCAAGAUUUGGACGCGGGGCUGUUUGUACCAGUUGAGGUGCUCGUGAAGGAAUCGCCAGAGCGUAGAGGGACAGAAGUGCUCUAUGUGCUGCCUAGCAGUCUAAUUGCUGGGGUUAACACUGAUGACAGAUUGAGAAAUGCAGCCAGGGUUUUAGAUGAGAAAUUGGAAGCAUUGAUACGGCACAUCACGUCUCCAGAUCCAUCGAAGGCUAAGCUUUAA